AUGCGCUUACACCUCUCGCUCGGGCUCAUCGCACUCGUCUUGGCAAGCGCGGCGGCCGCUCCUUUGCCCGCCAGCCCCUCCAGCUCGGCCUCGCACCCUCCCCACGACCGGCAGCUCACCACCGCCGCGGCGCUGGCCGCGCUCCGGCGGACAGCCGAGCUGCGAGUAUACUCACCCGCCGAGGGCGAGUUCUUCGUCGUCGACGACGCGAGCGGCAAGUUCUGGGCAGUGAUGGGCGAGCUGCGGGACACGUUCAUCCGCCGCUCCUCCCGGCCAAACGACGUCGGCCUCGUGACCAACGACAAUGUCCAAAAACCGUUCAUGGCCGCAUGA